GACGCUUGAGAAAGGACUUAAUACCCAAACUGGGAAGUAAAGCGCACAAACGCUAAUUUAACUUGUUGACCGGCUACGGAAGCGUACAUUUAUACGUUUAACCAGUGCGAUAGUUUUUAAAAGCUGUGCUCAUAGCCUUUAGAACAAUAUAAACUUUCUUUACUCUUUUUUUGUAAAGCACUUACGCCGAAACACAGCUGGAAAUCUUCAAAGCAGCGGAUCUUCGAUGCAUCUAACAAGGCCAAAAUCCUCUAAGGGGCGAAGCAGACCUGCUGUAGACAGCUCACUGUAUCCAGGGGAGGCGAACAGCAUCCACAGGGAGCCGGGGUCUCCUGAGUUCCGCAGGCCGGACAGAAACCUUCGCUCCCGGUCUCAGCCCGUCAUGUUGCAAGCUAACCACCUGAGCCAAGAGGAAGUUUUGCACAUGCUGCAGCGUACUCCUGCUGCUCCGCCACAGUCCUUAAACAAGUACAAAGUCCUUCCGUCAAUAGAGAAGAGAAGGCAGUCAGAGGUGAGCCUGCACAAAGACGUGUACAACCUUAACCUAGCAAAGGAUGGUGAUGAUGUGACCAAGGUCUGCAGCCCCAGUGAUUCAACGGCAGAAGCUGGCAGUGGCAGUUUGCUUCUUGCUGUAAGAGCUCCAUGCGGAAGGAGGUUUCAGCAGCCCUUUGACCCCACACACACUCUGCUAACAGUGAAAGCCAGUGCAGAGGCCAGGUUUGGAACCAGGUAUGAAGAUGCUUGCAUUGAGACCAUGGAGGUGCCACGCAGGACCUUUAGAGACCUGCGUAUGACUCUGGCACAGUGUGCCAUUCCUAACAGAUCCGUGCUGUGCAUCUCUCAGAAAACUGACACUAUGGGGGGACAGGAGUAAUAUGUGUUCUUUGAGGUCUGUAACUGUGCAUUUUGUAGCUUCACUUGGAUAUCUGAACUUCACUGUGCAAAGUUUAAAAGGCUUCUUUCGCACCAAUCUGUAGCCUCUAAGAUUUUUAAUGCCAAACUUCGUCCAAUAUGCACCUUACUCAAGUAAAAUUAAACUUCUCGUGCUCAGGAUCUGUGUAGCAGAAGAGAUGUUUUUCUGCAUUGUGUUCAUGAACCUGCACGGAGUUGUGAUUCUUCAGAGUACUUUGAGAUUAUAUACAUUUCAGGAUGUAUAAAUAAAUGUUUCAUAACUCUGGAAGCUCAAUGAGCAAAUGGGGUUAUAUAUUUGGAAAAUAAAAUAUUCACAACGAC